GGAGCGGAGCCUGAGGGGCACGCGCCGGGGAACCGGCGGCCAGCGCCCGCCCGCGCGCGACGCCGCCAGCAACGGGGGACCCGAGGCCAGGGCACAGCGCGGGGCGGGGCGGGGCGGAAGGAACCACCUCGGCACCCCGGAGCGGGAGGGGGGCAGACGGGAGGAACCAUAAACAGACAAAAGGAUUCGGCGGCUCUCUGCGCCGGGGGCGCUGCGGCGCGUCUAUGGUGCUGGAGGACUGAGGGCUCGCCCCGGAGCGGCGGUUGUUGGCGCUCGGCGGCAGGAUGCUGGCCCGCGGAUGGUGUACUGUGAGGAAGGCUCCUUCUCUUCUGGCUAGGGCACUGACAUCCAUGACUAAUGGUUUCCAGUCUCCUCCAGACAUGUCUGAAGGACACUUACCCAUUCAUGUGAAUAAUGUGCGAAGCAGAUUGAGGGCUAUAGUGGGAGCUUCUACCAACUGGAGUGACCAUGUGCAAGCAAUGCAUGAAAGAAAAGACCUACAUAUUCUAUUGGCCAAACAGCAGGAAGACUUGCCACCUAGGAAGAUGAAUGAUAGCUACAUAGAGGUUAUUUUACCUCUAGGAAGUCAACCUGAAUUAAGAGAAAAAUAUUUGAAUGUACAUAACAGCGUGAGAUUUGGAAGAAUUCUUGAAGAUCUUGACAGCUUAGGAGUUCUCAUUUGUUACACUCACACCAAACAUGAAGCUUCUCAGAGAUCUCCUUUGUCAAUUGUUACAGCCCUGGUGGAUAAAAUUGAUUUGUGCAAGAAGGUCAUAUACCCAGAUUGUGAUAUCAAAUUCACUGGAAAUGUUUCUUGGGUUGGGAAGACCUCAAUGGAAGUGAAGAUGCACAUGUUUCAGUUACAUGAUGAUACUUACAGCCCUGUGUUAGAUGCAACCUUUGUCAUGGUGGCCCGUGAUCCAGAAAACAAGAGGCCAGCAUUUGUUAAUCCAUUAAUUCCUGAGGGCCCAGAGGAGGAAGAAAUCUUCAGGAAAGGAGAAUUGAACAAGAUAAGGAGGGUUGAUUUCAGCACUGCAUCCUUACUGAAAAUGGCUCCCACUGCAGAAGAAAGAACCACUGUUCAUAAUAUAUUCCUUAAUACACUGGACACAAGGACUGUAAGUUUUCGGAGUCGUGUGCUACCACCCAAUUCAGUAUGGAUGGAAGAUGCAAAACUUAAGGGCUUGGAGAUCUGCCAUCCUCAGGCACGGAACAUUUUCAAUAGAAUCUUUGGGGGGUUUCUCAUGAGAAAAGCAUUUGAGCUGGGAUGGGCUAUUGCCUGCAGCUAUGGAGGUUCCAGACCUUAUGUAGUAGCUGUAGACGAUAUCAUGUUUCAAAGACCAGUUGAGAUUGGAUCCCUGUUACUACUUUCUGCACAGGUUUGUUUUACAGAAAAAAACUAUAUCCAGAUUAGAGUACACAGCGAGGUUUAUGAUUCAGAUACCAGAGAGCACAAGACAACCAAUGUCUUCCAUUUCACUUUUAUGUCAGAAGGAGAGGUACCACAGAUUGUCCCAAAAACAUAUGGUGAGUCAAUGUUGUAUUUAGAUGGGAAGCGGCACUUCAGUGCCGCCAUGAAAGAAACCAGAGAAGUGGAGAAAACUACUGCAGCACCAUAGCAAAUUGUUAGCUUUGGAGAAACCUCUGCCAAAGAUUGCUAGCUUCCUAUGCACGAUGUAUCAGUGAUGGUAUUCCUGCUCUUUUACGUGAUGUGGUCAUCGGUGUAGGCAUAUUGGAAAGUGGUCUGUUUUUGUACAAAAAGACAAUCAUUUAGCGCUAUUUAUACAACUAGCUGUAGGCUCACUGUGAUGUUGUACAGCUUUCUCCUCUCCUCUCCCUUUAGAGAUUCCAUAGUUAAGAUGUAUACCACCUUAAAAUUCUGCUGUGACAGGCUGUUCAUGUUAGCAAAGAGGGAUUGAAAAACAUAGUCCAGAAAACUUUAAAGGGAUACUACCAUUGAGAAGUCUCAAUUUUGUCACCAUUCCCAUCUCUUCUGUCCUACACACACUUGUGCUUCUCGUUAUGGUCCCUGAUAUAGGAAAGCUAUUAUCUCUCUAAAAUGAGGGCUGCAAAUGUUGAAAUCCUGUUUGAUUAUUUGUGUGCAAAUCUGACCCAGGGUCCUGUCUAAGUUAAAAUCAGCCUCUCGAGAACAGGCGCAUCUGGGCAGCGGAAGGACAGUGUGAUGUGCACAUCUGUGUCAUAAUCCUUGCAAUCAGGUGUGUAUUUGUCUGCUGAUGGGCUCUCACAAGGUUGCUGCAGCCCUUGUUUUGAAGAAUUGAUGAUUUGUGUUUCCUGUUUCUUUUGAGGACACACUCAUUUUUACAAUGAAUGAAAUGGCCAAAUGUGAAGUUUACAGAUAUUUGUGUGUGGGAGAUCCCACCAGUACCAUAUACUCCUUUUUGUAUUCUUUUAUAUAAGUGGUUCAGUAAACACAAGAUGACUAGUGCAAAUUCCUGAGAGAAUUAUUCCCGAAAGCUUUUAGGCUAAAUACAGUACAGAUGCUAUUGGCAGGGUGUUGUGUACGUGUGGAGGGGAAGGCAGGCUUUUUAGAACAGAGCAUUAGGUUCCAGCUUUGUGUGGAGGCUGCUAGAACAGCAAGUGGAUUGAGCUGAUCCAUGCAGAAGUCAGGGCCCAGUGACCCUGUUGAGCAGCUUACAGGCCAGGUCCUGAGGUGGAAAGAUAGCAGUGUUCUCGGACCCAGAAAGAUUCCAACCAGAUGAGAGAGUAUUGCUAGAAAAAAGAAUCCUCAGCUGGACCAUAUACUGUUUUUUGUUGGUACUAAGGUGGGCAAUAAUGAAGCACUGCACCAAAGGAUUAUUUUGUAUGUAUGAAAUGGAAAGCAGCGUUGUAGAGGGACUCUGACACCAGCUGAAGUCUCAGAGAAUAAUAGGACCUCUAUAAAAUGGAUUACAAAGGGAAGAUGUAGAUCUGGCUGAGAACAACGAUGGGAUAGCUGUGGCGGAAGAUGGAACAAUCUCCACUUAAGUACCUUAGAAAAACCUCUUGCAUGGCAGCAAAAGAAGAAAAGGGAAAGUUCAUGUGGAAGCAUGCAGCCUAGAAACUGGCAUAUACGUUACACCCUUGACAAGACCGAGCGAGGAAGAUCAGAAGGAACAGAGGCAAAACACAGACAGCGCAUCCAGUCAGUAAAACGCAGUUACUGAAAGGGAGCCACCAAAGAGUAAUAUAGAUAAUAGAUGUAAUAUUAGACUUUUGAUUAGUACUGUGCAACACUGAUUUUAAAAUUAUCACUAUGCAAUACCAGUAAAGCACAUAUUAAAUGGAUUAAGAACUGGCUAACAGAUGGGUCUCAGAAAGAAGUUGUCAGUGGUGAAUCAUCAUCAGGUGUGGGGUUUUCUGGUGGGAUUCUGCAGGGCUCAGUACUAGCCUGAUGCUUUUCAUCAAUGAUUGUUAGCCGACGGCCAAGGAUGUUUGGUGAGGUGCCAGCUAUGCCCGUUUAUACCAUCCGUGACUUUAACCGCUAGGACGCACUGUCCCUUCGCGGCGGGCAGCCCGGGCUAGGCUGACGGAUGCCCCAAGGUCCUAACCACCCGUGACUUUAACUGCUAGAGCUCAGAGCUCCUUCGCAGCGGGCAGUCAAUACUGACUGACAGGUGCCCCAAUGGCAGCACUAAGAGCCUCUCCACACCCCGUGACUUUAACUGCUAGAGCUCAGAGCUCCUUUGCAGCGGGCAGCCAGGAUUGACUGACAGGCGCCCCAAGAGUUUGCCCCAUGGAGGCGGCAUAACUCAACGCUAGGCUCUUAGUACUCUCACCUAAUGGCCAGGCUUUAGAGCCAAAACGGCUGAGGUUCUUUAAUUGUGUUGGCUGCUUUACAGUAAACCAGAGAAAACAAGUCAGGCUUAUGCACAAAUGGUUACCAAAAUUUAUUAAGCUAGAUUCUAAUCAUGUGGUUACAAAAUUGCUAGUGCCUACUUAUUUAAAUGUAGAGAUGUUACACACACAAACAAGUUACAAAACUGAAGCCACAAUCCCAAAGAAAGAAAACAAAGUAUAGAGCUCUAUUUCAAAAUAUGUGUACACUAAAGAUAGGAGAUCAGGUGUGGGUGCUUCUUACCCUCCUUGCAUCUCUCGAUUCCAGCGGUGCCAAGCCAGGAUCGGUCACUCAAUUCCGCGGAAAGACGAAUAAGGGACAAGGCUUAGGGACCCUCUUAGCUGCAGAAGCCUUGGGAGGCUGUCACUUAUCUGACCAGCAGAUAGAUAGUGAAAAGCACUCAAAAAUCAUGGUGCUGUAGGUCCCCUACUUAUACCUCUGUACUCCUUUAUUCUCUUUCUCCUUUCUUAUGCCAAAUUGAGGCUGGUCUGUCUGGGUGACGCCAGCUUUCGCAAGAGUAGUUUACACUUGCAAGGGAGAGAAACAAUAAGUUUCGACUACUGGACAUUUCUUUUAUCAGGGUAAAUAUUUUCCCACCUAGGAUGUUGGUGUGUGUGCAUCACGCUAUUUAGUAGGGGCUAAGAGCCAUGUCUGUCACAGGGCCUCUGCCUGCUGUGAGCUUAAUCGUUGUAUCUGUUCCCAGAGGCACAUUGUAGCAGCACACCUGUGCUUUUCACAGCUUCAAAGGCUGUGCUGGAAUAUAUGUUAAGUGCCCUGUUCCGGCUUCCUCCUGUGUUUCCAGCAAUGCUGGUCUGGGGGGGGGGGGGGGGGGCUGGCUACAAUGAUGCAGAAGUAAAUAUAAAAUCACUGCUGAUAAAAUGUGUGGAUGCCACAAAGGUUGGUGGAGAGGUAAUUAAUGAGGUUAGGGCAGUCAUACAAAGCAAUCUGGAUCACUUUGUAAGCUAGACCUAUUCAAACAAAUGCAUUUUAACACAGCCAAAUGCCAGGCCAUACAUUUUGGAACAAGAAAUGCAGGCCAUACCUGCAGAAUUGGGGCCUGUAUUCCUGGAAAGUAGUGACUGAAAAGUAUUUAGGGGUCAUAGUGGAUAAGCAAUUCAACAUGAAAUCCCAAUGUGAUGUGGCAAAAAGGGCUAAUAGGAUCCAUGGGUGUAUAAACAGGGAAGUAGCGAGUAGAGUGGGGAGGUGAUUUUACCUCUGUAUAUGGCAGUAGUGAGACCAAUUCUGGAAUACUAUGAUCAGUUUUGAAAAAUUGGAAAGGGGGUAAAGAGCCACAAAAAUGAUUUUGGAAACUGAAAAGCAUGCCUUACAGAGAGAGACUUAAAUAGCUCAAUUUGUUUAGCUUAUCAAAAAGAUUGAGAUGAUUUGAUUACAGUGUAUGAGGGAGAAAAUCCUGGGUACGAAAGAGCUCUUUAAUCUAGUGGAGAAAUGCACAACAAGAACCAAUGGCUGAAAGUUAUACACAAAAAUUCAAAUUAGAAAAAAGGCACCGAUUUUUAAGAGUGAGGGUGAUUAACCACUGGAACAAACUACCAAGGGAGGUGGGGGAUUCUUCCUCUCUUGAUGUCUUCAGAUCCAGAGUGGAUGCCUUUCUGAAAGAUGUUUUAGUCAAACAAGUUAUUGUGCUCAAUACAGGGUUAACUGGGUGAAAUUCUUUGGCCUGUGUUAUCCAGGAAGUCAGACUAGAUGAUCUAAUGGUACCCACUGGCCUUAAAAAUCAGCAAGUCUAGAGUCUUACCACAAAGCGAUUUUAGUGUGCAGCAAGCUGGAGUGUAAAUUUACAUCACCAUCUGGAGAAGCCCUUAGAAGAAGCAAGUAAUCUUGGUCUCUGAUUCAGCAAUCAAUAAGGGAAUACAUUGAUAGAACUAAGCACUAUAGUAGGAUCUUAUUUGAGGAUAAAAACAUUUGAGAAAUUCAGAAUCCUGGUGUGAACUCUUCCACUUGUAGUAAAGUCAGGCCAUUGUUUUUAAAAGGAAUUUAAUAUAGCUCAUUUCCAUUAAUAUUAAAAGGAAACAAAAUUCAA